ACGUUGAUAAAAUCGUAAAAAACCAAGCCAAGUGACGACCACACAAAAUAGGUCAUGUAGCACUUGACACUAGAGGAAGAGUCAUGGGUCCUGUUUUCCCUCGCUUAGAUUUUUAAGUCUUUCGUUGAAAUUGAUCUGCAAAUUUGUCGACGGAGAAAAAGCGAAGAUACAAGCGCAAAUUGUAGACCAUGGCUCAAGCUGACUGUUUUGCGGACGAGUACGGAGACAUAAAGUUGAAGAUAAUUACGGAUGUUUUCAGACCGUUUGUGGUGGAAAAUCUCAAUUUGACGUCCGAGUUUUUGUCUCUGCUGUACAGCAAGAAUGGCCUUAAUCACGAAACUAUGGGGCAUACAGAGCAACUUCUUCGGGAGGCAUCUCCUGUCAAUGUGCUCCUGGACCGCCUGGCCAGACUGAACAGAAAAGGAACAUACACUGCUUUUAUUGAAUGCCUGAGAAGUAAAGGGAGUGCCUUCAUUGCUGAUGCCAUUGAGGACAGAGCAGAUGUAGACAGCGAGGCCCUAGAUUUACUAAAGCAUCUGAUACAGGCCUUCCACGAACAACUCAACCAAAUUGAUCCUGCAAGCAUGCUGCCCUACCUCCGCUGCCUGAACACAGAGGAAAAAGAAAGCAUCAGGCAGACAACCCAUAACUUCGGAGACACUAGGGGUGCUGUUUUUCUUCUUGGAAUAAUUUGUAAGAAGGGCAAAGUAGUUGUUGGCCAACUGAUGAAGGGGCUGAGAGAGACGGGACAUGGAAAUCUCGCUCAGAAACUGUCUAAACUGUUUUGCUGCUCUACGUUUGCAGAUGGUGAAAUGGAUGACAACUGCUGUGGUGCCUCAAGCACAUGCACAGGAGCCAUCGUUGAUGACCCAAACAUGUUUCAGAGUGGCACCCCUGCAGAGAAUACUAGUGGAUUUGAUGAGCCGUCAGCAUCCGGUGCCUGUGCCCUGAAACCGGGGGAGCUCAUCCGCAGCUCUGAUCGUGAUACACCGGAGGAUGACUCUUUAGAUGGUGAGCCCAAACUGCUCAGGCUGAGAGGUUACCAAGAGGAGCUGGUUGCAGCGUCUCUGCAAGGCACAAAUUCUCUGGUUGUGGCCCCUACUAACUCUGGCAAGACAUAUGUAGCUGCUCGGUUGGUGCAAGCCUUUCUGGACAGGGAGAGUGGUGUCGGGCCGCGCUUUGGUAAUCCUCCGCAAGUUAUAAAAGAUGGGUCCAACAAAGUAGUCUUUCUUGUCAAUAAUGUUCUGCUGGUCGACCAACAUCUCCAAGUCAUUCAGCUCUUCAUGAGUGACAACAGCAUCAUGGGUCUGAGCGGUGAGACGAGCAACCCUGGCUCGCUGGUUGAUCUGCUGGACGAGCAUGACGUCCUAGUCAUGACGGCUCAGAUCUUGGUCAACGCUCUGCAGGGAGUUAAGGACGAUAACGAGCGCUUGGAGCUCUCCAAGAUUGGCCUGCUAGUGUUUGACGAGUGUCACCACUGCCAGAAAGGUGCACCGUACAACAAAAUAAUGUCACAGUAUUGUGAUAUUAAGCUGUCUUCGCCUCAGACUCAUAGACCUCAGGUUCUUGGGCUGACUGCCUCCAUGGGCGUAGGCAAGGCGAGCAAUCUCUCUGAGGCAGAGUCCCACAUCAUGAAGAUGUGCGCCAACCUGGAUGUUGAAAAGAUCUGCACGGUUCAGGAUCAGCAAAACAAGGAAGAGCUCCGACAGAUCAGGGACAAACCAGAGGAAGAUAUCUUUGAGGUGCCAGGGCGCAAGAAUAAUGGUUUUGCGAAGGCGAUCGUAGAGAUAAUGGAAAAGAUUGAAGCAAGGAUAUCACAAAUCCCAGAGGGUGAGACUUGGCUUAAACAGCCAAAACCAAGGUAUGGCACCCAGGGCUAUGAGCAGUGGCUUGUCGAGAUGGGAAAGCAUUUCAUCGAACAUGUUGCCAAUGAUGAAAAUGGCACAAGACUUGCAACGUGCAAGGACCACUUGAAGGAGUACAAUGCCUGCCUGUACAUCAACCGUGAUGCAAGGACACAGGACGCCCUGGACCACAUCAAAAACUUCCUGGAGAGCCUUGAGCUUAAAACCACGUCGGGCUUCAGUCCAUAUGAACAGCAGUUGGUAGACUUUUUCCAAUCCAAGCAGAAAUGUUUGAAGGCACUUGCAGAGAGUUCACUCCGAGACCUUCAGAAUCCUCUCUUGGAUCGUCUGACCAAGAUCCUGACGGAGACCCUUCUUGGGAGAGCCGAUUCCCGCGGCAUUCUCUUCUGCAAGACACGCGCCACCACAAAGGCCUUGCAUGCGUGGCUGCAGGCAACGCCCAGCCUCCAGUGCCUUCAAGCUGGCAUACUGAUCGGAAGUGGUGGUACCGAAGGUAUGACGACAAAUAAGCAAGGGGAGUUCCUUGAUAAGUUCCGUGAGGGCAAGCACAGAUUGAUGGUGGCCACCUCAGUGGCAGAAGAGGGAUUGGAUAUCCAACAGUGUAACGUCGUCAUCUGCUGCAACUACAUCUCCAAUGAGAUUGGACGAGUCCAGGCCCAAGGAAGAAGUAGGGCACGUGGCGGCAAGUACUUCUUGGUCGUCUCCGAAGAGCUGACACUGACCAGUCGUGAGAUCCAGAACCGCAUUCGUGAAAAGAUGAUGUACAAAGCCACCGAUAGCCUCCAGGAAAAGUUUGAUAUGAACCCCAAGGCGUUCCUGGAAAAGAUUGUUGAGAUUCAGGAAAUGAAUCGCAAUGAACGCCAGGCCAGGGAGCGCGCCUUGGCCCGACUUCAGCACAACAAGGAGCUGAUGGAUGUCAGUCUGAUCUGCCGUAAGUGCAGGCGCCACGCCUGCACGCUGGACGACCUCCGUUGCAUCAAGAAGAACCACCACGUGGUGCUGAAUGCCGCCUUCCUUAAGCAGUGCAGGCUGGUGCCCCACAACAAGCCCUGCCAGUUGUCUGAUAUUGAGAAGCUGAAAAGGAUCAUGUGCGGCAAGCCCACUUGCCCCCAGAAGUGGGGCUCCCAGAUGAAGUUCAAUGACUGCGUCGUUUUUGCGCUGUCCCCAACCAACUUCAUAUUCCAGCCUCUACACAAGAAUAAGCGGGGCUUUAAGGAAUGGAAAUUAGUUCCUUACAAGAUUGCCAAGAUGGACAUGGAGGAACUCCGGGAAGUGAGUUUCACCAUGGAGGUCGAAGAGGAUAACAUCAAUGAGGAUGAUGGGGAUAUCUGGGCACCUCUUUAAAGCUAUGCUCUUGCCACCCUAAAUCUCCAAAAAAAUGGUAGUGCUUGAUGUUUGUUCUAAGUUUCAAGUUUAUACCACAAUGAAGAGGAAGAGUCGUGGAUAAUUAAAAGUCCAGAAGAAAA